ACAGCCCCCCCCCCCCCGCCCACUCCUGUGUGUGUGUGUGUUUGAUGUAUACUGGGAACCUCUCCCACUCGGGCACACGCAUUGACGUGCAGCCCCCGGGGGGCAGGGGGGGUUCAGGCCAGCAGAAAUGGAGAACUCAGGCCUCACAAUCCCUUUGGGGAUCCGGGCCCCAAGAGGAGUUCUGUCUUGGAUUUUCAGCAAUUUCGAAACAAACGGCUUUGGGGAGUCACGGUUCCUCACCCUGGGACCGAGCCCGCUCCAAGCGGCAGCCCUUGGAGGAGGCCCAGCCGGGGCAGGGACAAGCCGUUGGAAUCUGGGCACCCCUCUGCCCACUGAAAGUGGGGUCACAGGAAGUCCCAGGAUCAGCCCAGCUCCGUUCCUGCCUCCUCCCCCUGCGGGAGGGGCCCAGUGGAAAGAGGUGAAGGAGGCAGCCCCCUCCUUCUGGAUGCCUGCCGGGGGUGAAUCUCCAUGCCAGGUCUAGAAGCCCGGGGUCCUUGGCCAUAUCACACAGACCUCUCUUUUCUUGUCCCCUCCCCUGCCUGGUGCUUUCGCCCCAGCUGAUGGGGGUCUACACUGCAUCCAGAAGAUCACUCAUAUGUAGCCAGGCUUGGCAGACAAUAGGAGGUGGGACUCAAAACCUCCAAACAGGAGGUGAGUUUCUGGCCUUUAAAACAAAACUCACUGGAAGAAGGAGGAUUGUUUAGAAAGUGUAUCCUUGUGGAUCUGCUUCUCCCGAUACCUAUUCCAACCAACCCUUCCAAAGAAAGCAAAAGAAGCGAGAUGGGGAAGCCAGAGCUGGGGGCCUCUGUGCACCAACGAGGGGUGCCUUCUUCGCUCUCAGCCCCUCCCAAGAGGCGCCGAGGCAGGACCCUACAGAAACACCAGUGCGCAUGUGCACAGGUGAGCCCUGCCUGGCUGGGCCUGGUGGGUUAGCCUGAGAGCGAGCGACUCACGACCAGCCUGACCAAACCCAGGGGCGCGCGCGGGCAGAGGUACAGCGCACACAGCGCAUCUGUGAGCACACACCUGCGCCCUCAGACGCGCCCACGCUCCCGCGGGCACACACAGGCACAUGCAGGGACAUGUAUGCGAACAGGAGAACAGAUUGCCGAGCACAGCCCCCCAAGAGGAGCGCACGCCCUCGCGCGGUUAUCCCGCUGGUGCCGCCCCCCCCGCCCCCCCGCCCCAGGUGCACCUUCCAGAACCGGCCAGAGCUGUGUGGUUCGCCGAAGCUGGGCAGGGAGGGAGGGGGGUACGGGCCUAGGCAGUUUGGGCAAGCCUUGGGGGCGGCUCCUGUCGCACGCUCCGGUCAGCCUCCCCUUUAAAAAACCCGCCCGCAGAGGAGGCGGAUGUAGGGGCGGCCCGUCCAAUGGCAGCUGCGCGCCUCGAGAGACUUGGAGACUUGAGCCAGAGCGAGCGACAGAGCCGGUUCCGACCGAUUGACGGACGGAGGGCUAGACGGCCGCCGAGGCGCACCCGCUACCCACUUGCCGGUCCCCCGGUCCCGCGCUCCAGCCCCAGCGCCCGCCGCCGUCCCAGCCCCAGCUGCAACGCGAUGCUCGGCCCUGGCGGCGGGGCACGGACGAAUCCUGCGCCGGGGCCCGCGCGCCCGGGUGCCUAGCGCCUGGUGUCGCCGCCCCACCUCGGGGAGGGCCGCGGAGACCCCGGCCUCAGCUGGCCCAGGCGCGCUGCCCGCGGGGCCCGCCAAGCCCUUCCAGGAGCGCCGGCCCACCAUGCUCCUGCUGUCUCCGCGCGGCGCGCUCCUCUCCGUGUAUUGCCCGCAGAUCUUUCUGAUCCUGUCCAGCGGCAGCUACCUAGCGCUGUCGUCCGUCGUGGCCCUGGGAGCCAACAUCAUCUGCAACAAGAUUCCUGGCUUGGCCCCACGGCAGCGUGCCAUCUGCCAGAGCCGGCCCGAUGCCAUCAUCGUGAUCGGGGAGGGGGCGCAGAUGGGCAUCAACGAGUGCCAGUACCAAUUCCGCUUCGGACGCUGGAACUGCUCCGCCCUGGGCGAGAAGACUGUCUUCGGGCAAGAGCUCCGAGUAGGGAGCCGGGAGGCCGCCUUCACCUACGCCAUCACCGCGGCCGGGGUGGCCCACGCGGUCACGGCCGCCUGCAGCCAGGGGAACCUGAGCAACUGCGGGUGCGACCGAGAGAAGCAGGGCUACUACAACCAGGCGGAGGGCUGGAAGUGGGGCGGCUGCUCCGCCGACGUGCGCUACGGCAUCGACUUCUCCCGGCGCUUCGUGGACGCCCGUGAGAUCAAGAAAAACGCGCGGCGCCUCAUGAACCUGCACAACAACGAGGCCGGCAGGAAGGUCCUGGAGGAGCGCAUGAAGCUGGAGUGCAAGUGCCACGGCGUGUCGGGCUCGUGCACCACCAAGACGUGCUGGACCACGCUGCCCAAGUUCCGCGAGGUGGGCCACCUGCUCAAGGAGAAGUACAACGCCGCGGUGCAGGUGGAGGUGGUGCGGGCCAGCCGCCUGCGGCAGCCCACCUUCCUGCGUAUCAAGCAGCUGCGCAGCUACCAGAAGCCCAUGGAGACUGACCUGGUGUACAUCGAGAAGUCGCCCAACUACUGCGAGGAGGACGCGGCCACGGGCAGCGUGGGCACUCAGGGCCGCCUGUGCAACCGCACGUCGCCGGGCGCGGACGGCUGCGACACCAUGUGCUGCGGCCGUGGCUACAACACCCACCAGUACACCAAGGUGUGGCAGUGCAACUGCAAGUUCCACUGGUGCUGCUUUGUCAAGUGCAACACCUGCAGCGAGCGCACCGAGGUCUUCACCUGCAAGUGAGCGCGCGCGCGCCCCCGCCGCCGCCGGCACGCGCGCGCCCCCGCCCCCCCCUGCCCUGCUGGUUGCGGGGUGGGGGGCGGCGGGGAGGUCAGGGCGCGGGAGGGCUGCUCCCACCGGCGCCCCCUCGCUGCCCUCAGGGGCUCCUUCCCGCCUUUCUCGUCACUUCCGGUGGUCGAGCGAUGCCCAGAGGGCAAGGCCGAUGGCACCGGUGUCCCCGGUGGGGCGCCCAGCGAAUUCUUGUUCUUGUUCUUUUCUCUGGGGAAUUGAACCCCAAGGACACACGUCCUGGAAAGCGAAGUGACGACAAGACUCUGAGUGUCCCCCUCCCCCACCUUGUGGCACGGACAUGGAUGUGCCAUGCCGGCUGACCACCCCCGCCCCCUCCCCGCGGGACUUUUUCCCUGGCCGCAUCAGCCACAGGGCUUCCCCCCCCCCCCCCCCCGGGUGGUCUGGGCAGAUGCUGACACAUUUUAUUUAUGUUUUCUUAGUAUCAGAAAAGGAUUCUUAGCACUAAGGCAUAGCCAGUCCUAACUCUGUACUCCGUGUUAGUGCGUUCCCUUGUGGCCCUCUGCUCCCUGUCCCUGCCUCUCUAGACCCCAGGGAGCAUCUCCAUGCCCAGCGCUCUCCUGGCCCUGCCCCCAGGGGGCCUCUGAGGGGAGCCACCGGCAGGGAUCCUUCUUUUUAAAAAAUCACAUCCAACAAAUCAAAGUGUCACCUAUGUCAGGUUCCAGGAGUGCUGUGUUCCCUCCCCGAUGCUGUCACCCUCCCGGUCCCCCCUCCAGCCUGGCACCCAGUUUACAGAGCCCCCUGCCCCCCUGGAGCCAGCUGAAACCCUAGGACAGCAGUGUGCUGGUGGCAGGCUGGUGGGGUGGGGGUGGUUCGGGGCGGGCGGGGGGGGGGGGGCGGUGCUGCCUUUGGCAGAUGCGGACACUGAGUCCCAGAAUGGCUCAAGAAUUAGCCAGAGGCCCCGAGGCCGUGAGUGGAGGCUCCUGCCUUGGCUUGGGCAUCCUGACCCCCCAGGCCAGGGCUCCUGACCCUGGAAGACCUACUCUGGGGACAUCCAGGUUGGCAUGAGACUGACCCCAUGUUUUGUGAAAUCUGGCUGCUCCCCUCAUCCCCUGCUGCCAGCCACACUGGGACCUACACCCUCAGAGGUGCCUGCUGGGAUUUCUCUAGUGGCCCCGUGCCCAGUCCUACUCCUUUGGCCCUGAUCCCAAUGCUGAGAAAACUUGGAUCCACGAGGACACUUGGCCAGAGCUCCCCACCUGCUGCCCUCCAGACACCUCCCCCAGGGUCCCCCCAUGCACACCCUCCUCUUAAAGUUCAACUCUCCCUGAAACCUGGGAGAGGAGGACGAGAAGGGUCCCGCUCGGUUCUAAACCACGGGCAGGGUGGGGAGGGGCCCAAACCCUGGGACUUGGGGCGAUGCAUCCUCUGCGAACAUUCCCACCCUCCCCUGGGGAGUCUGAAGCCCAGAGGAGGUGAACCUGCCAGCAAGGAUGGUGUGCAGCUGGCUCCCGGUGUGCCCACCACUGCUCCUGUGCCCUCCCCCACCCAAACAUAGGGUAUUUACUUGUAGAAACCUGUGGAAAUGUGUCCUCAGGCAGCUGCCCGGCCAAGUGGGCGAGACAUUAGCCAGGGGUGAGUGACACUGUCUGGGCCCUGGCGUCCACCCUGUUGUGCCCCUGAUGGUGCCAGGACAUGCCAUUAGCUGCUGUUCUGGGCACUUCCUGGCUGCCGUGAAUGCCCCCGACCUGCACAGCACCCCCUCCCCCGCCCCGCCUCCCCGGGUCCCAGGACACCACUGAGUCCACAGGCCCAGCACCUUCUGCCAAGGAACCUGGUUAACUUAUAUUGUUAUAUAGCGUUAAAGUGUCUAUCAUGUCUUUUAAAUUAUUGUGACCUACACUGGGUACUGGAGGGAGGGGACAGCCUCAAGCAUUCCCCGGAGCCAGGCUCCUCCUCCUGCUUGAAACAGACUCUUGGGGCCUCCUGAUGCCAUUGAGUCACGCGCACUGUCCAGGCACCUCCGCUGAGACCCUGCCCUCCUUAACUGUCAGCAGCGACCCUUCCCUUGGGUGAACGGGGGUCGGCGUGGCCCGCGUGGGGCGGUGGCGGUCUGGGCACUGCGUUGUCCCCGUAGCGCCUCCCACUUCGGGACAAGCUGCUGGGUUUCCGACGGGCUGUGUCUUGCCUUCCCUGGAGGGGAGCGCCCAGCUCCAAUAAAGCUGGAAUCAGAA